GUCGCGUCAGUUAACAUCGACCGCCGCCGCGCCGUCGUUAUCGUUAUCGUUAUCAGCACAGGCUACAGUGACCAGUCGCGAUAAGAGAUAAUGGCUCUCGACACCGCUUGAGUACCGCUGACGUCUUAUCUGUAUCAAUACGGUAACAGAACACUGCCACAGCCUGAGUGAUGUUGUACUCUUGAUUGUGCUUGUAUUAUGGCCGUGUCGAGUCUUGCUUGGCGGGAGUAAUGAAACACAUCGCGGUUUUCGGUGCAACAGGGACGACUGGCUUAUGCGUCGUCAAAUGCGCUCUCGACAAAGGUCUGAAAGUCCGGGCGUUGGUGAGAGACCCGUCCAAACUGCCACCAGAGUACGCAGGAAGGAUAGCAGUUGUGAAAGGAGACGUACUGAACAUUGAAGAUGUUAAGACCACGUUACAAGGACAAGAUGCCGCUAUCGUGGUGUUGGGAACUCGGAACGACCUAGGUCCUACCACUACUAUGUCUGAAGGACUGAAGAAUAUUAUGGCGGUAAUGGAGUCAAUGCGCAUCAAUAUACUGUCAGUCUGCCUAUCAUUGUUCCUGUUCUACGAGAUGGAGAAGGUGCCCUCCGUGUACCGCGAGGUGACGGCCGACCACAGACGCAUGUUCCGAGCCCUGGAGUCCAGUGAUCUACACUGGGUCGCCGUCAACGCCGCCCACAUCACCGACGAUCCUCCUUCCGGUUACACCACUCGACACGGAGAGAGAACACCCGGUACACCAGCGUGUCCAAGCAUGAUCUGGCCAAGUUCCUAGUGGACACCCUCUCCAUGCCGGAACACUUCCAGAAGACAGUCGGGAUCGGCAGCUACCCAAGACGAUAGCCAACUAUCGAUGAUGGCGGUCAUUCAAAACUCAGCUGUGUACUAUAUCGAAUAUUAUUCUACUAGAUGAGAACACUUAAAGUUAUAAAUAUUCAGAACAUAUCUAUAUUAAAUACUAUUUAAAUAUUUUUACAUGAAAAGAUAUAUAUUGUAAUUUUAAAUUAGCUGUUAUACCAUGACAUUGUAUCGGAAUUUUAUGUAAACGAAAUCAUGCGGAUUAGAUUAGCUGAUGGAUUA